GCGGCGCUGGCUGGGGCACGUGCCGACUCUCCCUGGCGCGCAGCCCAUGGACGGCGCCUUGCAAAACAUCAGGCAGCAUGCAUUCCCACUCAAUCUUCGCAGAGUCGUUUCCCACCAAUUGUCCUUCACUUGCUGAGCCUCGUCGACUACGAUGAGAUUGUCCGCAGCGCUGGCUGUUCUGUCCGAGUUGAAGCUCUGCCUACAACUUGGCUUUGUUCCGACUCUUCGCGCGAUCCUACGAUCGCCCACCUUGCUUCUUCGCCCACACGGAAUCUCGCGAAUCUUCAUGGUGCACGUCUGGAGCGCAUACGGAGACGGCGUGGACACGAAUUCGCGCUCCGUGAAAGAAGGCCUCAUACCUGCGAAUGCGCAGGGUGUGGUAUUGGACGUUGGUGCCGGUUAUGGCCACACGGCGAAGUACCUUGACCACAAGGUCACAAAAUACAUCGCCCUUGAGCCGAACGAGCUCAUGCAUGGUGAAAUUCGCAAGCGCGCUAACGCCGCUGGCUUCACCGAGGCCGACGGGACCCUCGUCGUCCUACCAUACGGUGUGGAAGAUGUGGCCACCAUUAUGUCCGCCCUAGGAGAGCCGCAGUCGGUCGAUACCAUCAUCUCCAUCCUCUCAUUCUGCUCAGUGCCGAACCCGAAGCAGAACAUACGGACCCUUGUCGAACUUCUGCUGAGACCCGGGGGGCAGCUGCUGUUCUACGAGCACGUCCUCAGUCCGAGAGCGGACGUUGGGUGGUGGCAGCACUUCUGGACGCCUCUGUGGAGAUGUGCGAUGGACGGGUGCUGCCUGGACCGUCCAACACACGAGUGGAUCAAACAAAUGGAUGGCUGGAGUAAAGGCGAGUUGUGGGGUCUGCCUGAAGAAAGUGAAGAACAUCUGUGGUGGCACCGUGUAGGAAGAUUUGUGAAGGCUGGGCGGUAAUGACGGUAUACGUAUACCGACCUGGCUAUGUUAUUGACUGUUCAUGAUCUGGGUCUUUGCAUCAUUAGUAUGUCAGUGGAAGCGACAUGUCAAUGUGACAGCUGACCGU